UCUUCCUCCACAACAUCUAACAAAUUCAACCAAAAAAAAAGAAAAAAAAAAUGAAGCACAUUUUCUUGAUCUUGUUCUUUUUUUUCUUGAAAUGCAUUGGCAUUUUGGCACAAGCUCCAGCUCCAGCUCCAGCUCCACCACCUCCAUUAAACGUGACAAAGAUCCUCGAAAAAGCAGGCCAAUGCUCAACGUUCAUCCGUCUACUACAAAACACACAACAACUCAAUGAAAUCACCUCACAACUCAACAAUUCCAACAAUGGGAUCACAAUGUUUGUGCCAACAGAUAAUGCAUUCUUAAACAUGAAAGCAGGCACGUUGAACUCGUUUACUGAUCAACAAAAAGCUGAACUUAUCCAAUUCCAUAUCCUUCCUACAUACUAUUCACUCACUCAAUUCCAAACUGCUAGCAACCCUUUAAGAACACAGGCUGGAGGAACAACAGAUAGAGAGUUUCCAAUAAAUAUAACAACAAUAGGAAGUUCAGUUAACAUUACAACAGGAAUUGUGAAUACAAGUAUUUCAAAUACAAUAUAUACUGAUAACCAAUUGGCUAUUUAUCAAGUAGACAAUGUCCUUCUUCCUUUACAAUUCUUUGUUCCUCCGGCACCAGCACCAGCACCAACACCUAUAACGCGGAAAAAGAAAGCAGGAUCCUCUGAUUCAUCAUCAAAACAAGAUGCUUCCUCUGCUACUUCUCUGUUUCAAGGAAUGUACAAAGGGGGGAUUUUCCUUUUCUUGUUUUCUACUGCAUUUUUUUCGAGUUUAUAAAUAUGAUCAUGUUAGUAUUUGUGUGCAUGUAUGCUUGUGAUUCUUUACCUAUAUUUCAUUGGAAAUGAAUUUUGAGUGUUAUAUAUUUUUUUUUCAAGAAUU